AUGUUCUAUUUGAGGUUUAUUUAUUUUAGUGCUGAGCGAUACAGUUAUGCUGAUCAUCUGAACUUCACAAUUGACACUACUAUUGCGGGCACGUACGUAUAUAUAUGUACAUUUAUAUUAAUUAGCAUUGAGAUACUUGCGCGAGUCAAUUCCAAUAUUAGUGUACAACAUUUGUUCUGAUGUUUUAUAUCUUAUAUAUAGGGAUGAAAACGAUGAACCUGUUAAUGUUCUUCGUACGUUUGUUGGACAUUUUCUGCGAGGCCGGUCAUUAGAUAUAACGGACGAAAGUGUCGUUUUAGAAGGUGAAACAACCGAAAUAUUUGUGUCACGACUAAAUGUGUACGAAGAUGGAAUGGACGAGUUGUUGAGUGACACAAACCAUGACUACAGUCUUCCUCUCGAUGUGACGUUCACAGGAGAACUGGCACUAGACAUGGGUGGUUCACGUAAAGAAUUUUUGGCAGCAAUGAUGCGUCAAAUUCAGGAAAAAUUGUUCGUGCAAAAUGACGGAGAAAACAUGUUCGUUUUACACGAGAAUGAGACAGCAGAAAAUAAAUCUCAUUAUUUAGGAGCUGGACUUAUAUUUGGUAAGGCAUAGUUGACGGUUUAAUAAUCAGCAUGCAGAGUGGUUUUCAAAAAUACUAUGUUAUGUGACAUGUGUUAAUUGAAGUUUUAGCUUACGCUAAUUUUUCUGCGUAACUGAUUAAUAUGUUUCCCGUUUUUGUAUCUGUGCCAUCGAAUCUGUAAGUGGGUUCAUUUGUUAGCAUAUAUAGCCAAUCAGCGAUGACGUACUUUUCAUUUUGUCUUGUUUAUUUUGUCUUAUUCAUUUUGUCUUAUUCAAGAUAGGCACUUUAAUGUAUUAGCAAUUUUGUGCUUCAAAUAUAAUAUAUAAGCGCUUAUAAUCUGGUAGCGCUAGCUUCGACGAGAAAAUAUACAACAGAUCGUGAUAUGGUGUUUCUUUUAGGUGCAUAUUGAUUAUUGUAAUAUCGUAGAGUUAUAAAAAACUAAUUUUAUAUUAUGAAACUACUUUAAUUUAUGAGAAUAAUAUGUAACUAGAACUGUAAAUUGGAAUAUAAACAGAGCUUUCGAGCAUGCGUGCAAAGCAAUCUUUUUCCCAUGCAAAAUAAUCAAACUAUACCUUAUUUAAAGUUGGAAUUGUUUAUAUUUUAGGUUACAGCAUGAUUCAAGGUGGUCCACUACCAUGCUUUAUGCACGAUAGCCUGACAAAUAAACUUUUUGGGCAGGUGCCUUAUGAAGAACUAGGUCGGGCAGAAAAACAAGUCCGGGAUGGCCUGAUGAGAUUUGGCCUUGUUGAGGUACAACAAUUAAAACGACAAUAAUAACAUCAACACAUUUGUGCAACGUUUUGUCGUCGAUUUAAGUAUAGGUUUAUACCUGUUUAUAUCUGCAUAUAUGCUGCACAUUCACGGUAAUACUUGGAUGCCUAAGAAUUAAUGCAAUGAAGUGAAAAUUAUGCUAAAUUUAGUAAAAUUAACAAACCAUGUGAUCACAGCAAGUAUCUGAAAAAUCCGAACAUACCGCGAACUGAACACACAGCGAACAAAUUGAAACUGAUUAAAAUUCGCAUUGCUCCUGCAGAAUAUAAACACGUCGCAACUAUUAAAACAAUACAAUUAAAUACACAUUUAGAAAUAAUAUAGGCUGUACAUGCAUGCAUGUUAAUCAAAUCCAUAUAUUUUAUAGCUUGUCAAGAAACGGCAGUCGUUGCUGUUUCUGCUAAGACCUACAGCUGUUGCGGAUGUAACAUAUCCGAGGCUGGUCAAACUGCUCAAGCCAGCUUUCUCGUCGGAAGGUUCCAAUAGGCAGAUCCAAGAAGAGAGAUCUUACCGACUGUUUUUAAAUUACUUGAAAGAGGUUGCAGGUAAAUUCAUUCGUUAAUUUAUUUAAGAUAUUAAGGUGGAUCGAUAUAGUUAUCACAAAAACCCUGCUCAAAAAUUGCGAACAAAACCGGGUGACCAUUUUUACGUGCAGGUCGCGGAAACUGAUUAACAAAAUGAAAGAACUUCCAAAAUGACCUGACGUGAGCAGUUGCUCACGCCAUAUCACGCCAUUGCGCGUGUUCUAUAGCGUUUUAUGUCAAUUGCUGACGUCAUUAGAAUUUUCCAUUUUAGAAAAACAAUGCGCUAUAUCUCUUUAUUUUGUCUGGUGACCUAUGUUCAAAUUUUGCAUGCUGUAUUGUACCGCUAAAAACUUUCAUUAUACAAAAAAUAAAAAAAUUCUGUAAUGCCAAAAAAGUUUUACCGAAUAAUAUGACAUUUUUGCAUUUUCCCAAAAAAUGGCAUUACUGAAUUUUUUAUAUUUUGCUAAAUGUUAGCUUUUCAUCCAAGUAAAAUAAUGCACGAAAACAAAUUGGGGGUCACCGUGCUUUUUUUCCAACUAUACGAGACGAUAGGCCAUUUUGGAGUGAAUUUCGUACACGUAUGUCGUCAUAGCAACGAACUAUCUGUUACUAAAACUAAUAUAAUUUGAAAGUACAGUUAUCAAAAUAUAUAAAAAACAGAAUAUCUGCUGAAUAAAUCCUAAAGCAACGGUUUUCAACUUGGGGGGCAUGUCCCCCAGAGGGGACAUUUGGCAAAUUCCUAGGGGACACAAUCUGGUCUAGGACUGAGAAAACAAUAGUUGAAAACAAUAGUUGAAUACAAUAGUUGAAUACAAUAGUUUGUACUAUAAACAUGUUUGCUUGACUUUCUAUCUAUUAUUUAAAAUUUAAAUCAUUUACUAUUUUACUAACUAUUUCGAAAUUCGUGUUUUUGAUAGACUUUAGUGGGCAAUUUCUGUUCAGGGGACGUGGUAAUUCAAUCAUGUGAAAUCGGGGACACAUGAGAAAACCAGUUGAAAACCGUUGUCCUAAAGAAUGCGUAAUUUGAACAUGUCAAAGUGUUAAACACCUGAAUUUUUGAAAACUGUAUCGAGCCACCUUAAUAUAUAUUAUUGUGCAUGCAUAUACUCGUAAUAAAUCCCUCCAUCUCAAAGAUGGGAUUGCAAAAAUUCUAUAAUAAAGGAAAAUUUGAGAGGUGUUAUUAUUAUUAAAACUAUAUUUAUUCACGCUUACCCUUUAACAACAGCUUAUUUCCAAGAGGGGCGUGAUAAUAUUAAAAAGAAAACUACAUACAUAUAAUACAAAUGAAGACAAUAAACACAUACAUCUUUAAAUUGUAGCAAGAAAAAGAGGUGUAACAUAAAAUGAUGUGCAAUGAGUUUUUACGCUCCUCGAGCGUAGUGAAAGAGCCUGGGUACGAGGUUGGGAGUUUUUAAAAGCUACUAUAUGCCCAUAUGCAUGAAGAGUGAGACUCAUUCAUUGGUAAAUAGGUAAUUGGACAAGUACUGGUGUAAGACAUUGUGUAGCCUUAUUCAUUAUUUUAGAGAAGACUUUAAUUAUCUGGAAAAAAUUUAACCGUGUUUCAAUCCCGUCUUUUACGAGAGAAAAUAAAAAACGUGAAUGAAAUAUUAUGAAAUACAUAUUAAAUUAUAAGCAAUUUAUUUAGCAAUAUAUACAAGCAUUACUUCAUUUAUUAUACAUAAAGUCCAUUUAUAGACAGCAUCUAUAAUUAUAUACAUAUGCACAGCAAAAAGUAUGGUUAAUAGCUUUAUUGAUUGAUGUAUGGAGAGCAAUGCAUGCUUGAGAUUGUGGAUGAUCGGUCUCAUGUUUUGUAUAUGUGCAAAUUGAUCAGUCCAUUGUCCUUCAUUUGGUGAGCAGUAUAUAAGCACCUCAGCUGCUCAAGGGUGUUAUUAAACAGUACAUAAAGAGCGUUUAUGAAUGACCUCUGGAUUAAUUUUGAAUAUGAAUUAACUGAAUCAAGCAUUAUAACUCCCUAAAUUCCUAAUUUAUAGCCUUUUUUAACAUUUGCAGCUGCUCGAAGAGAUCCAGUGACGCUUGGUAAAAUAUUAAUGUUUGUAACAUGUGGCGAGAGAGAACCAGUGCUAGGAUAUGCAACACCGCCUUCGCUUGUCUUCAGUGACUCUCUACCGUCUUGUCUUCCAAAGGCGAAUACCUGCAUAAACAAGCUAACCUUAGCUGUUGGGGAAAGAGUUCCAGCUGAUAAAGAGGUUAUGUUCUAUCAUUUUGACCUGGCAUUUCUCAAUACCCAUUUUGGGAUGGUAUAG